AUGCUUGAAGUUUGGCCAUCUCUCAAGAGGACACUUCAGUGCAAACCAAACUCAAAAGAAGUUCAUGAUCCAAAUGCAAGUAGGCACCAAAAAAGUAAUCAGAUAACAAAGUUUGGUAAGCUUGAGCGUUCAAAUAUCAAAGGUUUCAUCCAAGGAACCAAGAGGAACUCAGAAAAACAACUAAGUUUCAAUCCAAAACCCAAAGGGGGCAUUGACAUCACCAAUCCCAUAAUCCAUGAUAUUGUUCUUGAUAGCCCAAACAGUGAAAUUAAAAUUUUCCGAUGUUGUCCUUGUCCUCAAAGCAAUAGCGGCAGUGAAGGUUCGGAAGGUCCUCAUAGAAGAAGAAGACGGUCAGCUACACCUUCUAGGACAAUCAAUCCUGUCGAUUACAAUGAACCAUAUGUGUGCUCUAACACAAGGAUGUUGGAUCAGAUGGAUUCUGAGCAUUCAGUCAUUGAGCUUCAAGAAGAAUCAUCUAGGCAGAUUAUAGAAACAAUAUGUGGAACAAGCUCGGUUAAUCCUGAAAACAUGUUGGGGCAGAUUGGUUGUAUCUUAAAAGUCCAGAGCAUGACAAAAACCCUUGCUUGCUUUGAGGAAUAUAGAGAAAUGGUUAAGAUUAAGGCUGACAAGCUACAGAAGAAGCACCCGCGUUGCCUAGCUGAUGGAAAUGAGCUUUUAAGGUUCCAUGGCACAACUGUUGCGUGCCCUCUUGGAACAAAUAGUUCUUAUAGCCUUUGCACUUUAGACUACUGUGGUAUAUGUCAAAUCCUGAGACAUGGCUUCUCUACCAACGAGGAAUUCCAAGGUGCAUUAGGGGUCUACACCACUUCCACAAGUGGUAAAGCCUUUGAUUCCAUUAGGCCUUCCAAUGAGAGACCAUUUCUAAGAAAGUCUGUUAUAGUGUGCAGAGUAAUAGCUGGGAGAAUUUACAGUCCUCUUGAAGAAUUUCAAGAAAAGGUUGAUUCAGGAUUUGAUUCAUUGGCUCAAAAAAAAAGUGGUCAAUCAGAUGCAGAUAUUGAGGAACUCUUUGUACUAAAUCCCAAAGCUCUGCUUCCUUGCUUUGUGGUAAUCUACAAACAACAAACAAUGAAAGUUAGAAGGUUCAACUCAAGCUUAAAGGGAACUUUUUGA